AAAACCAUAGGUAACAUGAGAAGGCGCCGGGCCGCGAUCCGCAAGAAGCUGCUAGUGGUCGGGGACGAGGCUUGCGGCAAGACCUGCCUGCUGACUGUCUUCGGCAAGGACGAGUUCCCCGAGGUCUACCUGCCUAAAGUCUUCAGGGGCCACGUGACUGACAUGGAGGUGGACGGCAAGCAGGUGGAGCUGGCGCUAUGGGACACGGUUGGCCGGGAGGGCUACGACCGCUUGCCGUCGAUCUCCUACCCCGACACGGACGUCAUCCUCAUGAGCUUCUCCGUGGACAGCCCGGACUCCCUGGAGAACAUCCCGGAGAAGUGGGUGCCCGAGGUCAAGCACUUCUGCCCCAAUGUGCCCAUCAUCCUGGUGGCCAACAAGAAGGACCUACGGAACGACGAGCACAUCCGCAACGAGCUGGCACGGAUGAAGCAGGAGCCGGUGCGGACCGAAGACGGACGGGCUAUGGCCGUCCGUAUAUCCGCCUACGAGUACCUGGAGUGCUCCGCCAAAACCAACGACGGGGUGAGGGAGGUCUUCAAGACGGCCACCAGGGCGGCGCUCCAGAAGAGGCACCGUCCGAGUGGGGAGUGUAUGAGCUGCUGCAAGCUCCUCUGAUCCUGGAGACUGUAUGUACUGGUACCCACCUGACAGAGGGUGGCCUGGCCCUGAUGCCAGGACGGUGACCCCCAGACUAAGACCCCCCCCCCCCCUCGGGGAAGGAAAGCCACCCACAGUAUUUGCUUGGGUGGGGGCAGGGCAU